UCCGGAAGCCGCCGGGCCGGCAGGAAAUGACGAAGCAGAGGUCGUCCGGUCCGUGCGGUAACCGGCUCCUCACGUCCGGCCGCGACUGCGUGGGAAAGAGCGCCAAGCGGAGCAGCCGGGCCGCGUGCCGCCUGCAGAGCGAGCGGCUCCCAUGCCUGGCGGUUACGGAGUGAUGGGUGACGAGGGCUCCAUCGAUUACAGCGUUCACGAGGCCUGGAAUGAAGCCACCAACGUGUACCUGGUAGUGAUCCUUGUCAGCUUUGGGCUCUUCAUGUAUGCCAAGAGAAAUAAAAGGAAAAUUAUGAGGAUAUUCAGUGUGCCACCUCCAACAGACACUCUGUCAGAGCCCAACUUUUAUGACACAAUAAGCAAAAUUCGUUUAAGACAGCAACUGGAAAUGUACUCCAUUUCCAGAAAGUAUGAUUAUCAGCAGCCACAGAGCCAAGCUGACAGUGUACAGCUCUCAUUGGAAUGAAAUCUCAGAAAAUGAGCCGCAGAAAUGAUUGUUGUUCAAGAGUGCAGUCUCCUCACGCUGCUAAAUCACGAGCAGCAUUUUUUUAAAACUUCUGUCUCCAUAAAAUCAUUUUAUUUGUGACUUUUCCCCAAGUUUUUGGUGUGUUUUGUUUCACUUUUUGAAACCUCAUCUCCAAAUCAUUUGUUCCACAAAUUAGAAAUUCCUCAAAAGGCCUGAACACAGAGAGUCUGCACGUACCUAGGAAGAUAGACUAUCACCAGAGACGGUGACUUUACCUUGUGAAGACUUUGAUCCCUUCAGGAUACAAUCAGGAAAUAAAAACACAUCUUUGGAAGCAAGAGUCUGGAGCUGAUGCCACUUUGGAACUUUUUUGCCAACUUAAAAAAUAAAAAUCUAAUCAUUGGAAUAACUUCCUCUUCGACUGUGUUCUGGGAUAAAUAUAAUAUGGAUAACGGACUAACUUGUGUUCUUACGGCUGUUGUUACCUCUAACCGAAUUAACCGUCUUUGCUACUUCAGAAUUUGCACAGUAAACUGUCUUUUCUGCGUUGUGAAAUUGUGAUACGCACCCCCCUGUUAAUUGUAGACGUUUUCUGUGACUGGAGUUUGUUCCCCUUAAUUGUAUUCCCAGGAGUUUCUUCCACCAGAAGAGUCUUCUUUCAGCCGUGCUGGGGCUAUACUGCGGCAUAUGUGGGCAGCUCUGACUGGUGUCAGCGGCUUGCUUUUGGGUCAUGUGACCAUCAGUCUUUAAUGUAACUGUAUGGUUUCUUAGGCUUUUUUAGCAUAAGCUUCCCUGCAGAGUCUCAUAUCUUGUACCAUUUUUGUACUGUACAUUGAAAUGUUUUCGCCCAGUUUUUCAUAUUUAUUUAAAUAAAAGCUGGUUGGAGAUAGUGGCAGGGAAGUUCAAUUGUCCAUGUAACUGUCCAUAAAUUCGUUUUUGAAUCAAAACUAUAAGAGUUAGAGUUAACAUUUCAAGCAUUUUUGCCUUUUCCUUUAUAAUUAUGAAGUAAAGAAUAUAAAUCUUAAAUGAAAAGGUUUAGACCAAAUAAAAUCAUUUCAGAGAAGUUGCAUUUACUUUUAAAAUUUAAAUCUUUCAAAUAUAUAUAUUAUGUUGUACAAGGUGAAUUGUUGACCAAAUGGAAUAAUUCUUUCUUAACUCACAGAUGAGUUUGAAUGCACCGCCUGUAUGUAGAAUGAAUACUCGGACUGAAGGAUUGUAAACAGUUACAAUUAUGGCCUGGGGAUAGCAGAGCAGCAAGGGGACAAUCUUCUUAAACUUUGCUUUGCUCUCAUGUAAUCAGGAGCGGGAGCGCUUUACCUGCUGUCCCUGAUGUGUGGCACAAAUCUGGACAAAUUACGAAAACUGGCUAUCUCAGCUGAUUUGUACGGUGUACCUAAAUAAAUAUCAACCACAACGAAA